GGAGACAGAAUUGCCUGUCAGGCAUUGUUCAGGGCUGAAAUGCCCCACGAGCAGGAAACCGUCCUUCACUGCUCGUGCGCACUCAGUCAGCUGACACACUCAAAGUCAUGUGAUUUAAUUUUUUUUAGGCAGAUGUAGUGCAAACAGUUGCUGUUAAACAUCUUGAAGGGUUCGAAACAAAGUCUCUAGUAAUUGUAUAUUAUAUCCUCUCGCACGUCCAACAUGGCUUGGACAAAGUAUCAACUAUUUCUUGCGGGUCUUAUGCUAACAACAGGCUCUAUCAACACGCUAUCCGCAAAGUAAGUGAACGCUUCAGUUAUGUUGUCAUUGAUGUCACGGUGUUUACAAUGUAGCCAACGUCUAAUGUAAUGCGGGUUAGACCAUCAGGCUGCAAUAUUUUUCCUGUUUAUUGCACUGUUCCUGGUAAACAGAGUUGUCCCUCAAUAUAUUUGUAUCUACAGUAGUCUAAAUUGGCGAUGUUUCAUUGUAUUUUUUUCAUUUGGGAAAGGUAUAUAUUUCCACCAUCUUUGUGAAUACCUUUUCAUACAAAAACACAUGGUUGAUAAUGAUAUUCUGUAAGUUUACUUUCAGGUGUAAAUGUAAUGUAUGAUUACAUUUGAAAUUGUGAAAUUGCUAGACAUGCCAGACACAGGGAAACCUUUCACGUGCGCCUUGCGUCACUGUUGAUUCAUUUCUUGUCAUGAAGUGCGAGGACACUGCUGCCUCAGCAAAUCAAUGGCUUUGUGCCACAAAAUAAUCAGACUCUCUAAAUUGCCUUCUGUAAGUUACGGCAGUUUAACUUAUUUUGCUGUCAUGCAAAAUAGUAUGUGGAUUGGUUUUAUAGGUCGUAGUUCUGAUACUCUGUGCUUGUUUAUGUAAUGUGGAAAUGACACCUGAUCAACUUUAACAUUUUGUCAAAGAGAUGGUCUAGUCUGGCAAAAGUCCCUCAGUAUGGAUCAAUCACAGCUGUACUGGAAUACUUUAUGUUACACAUGGUUGCUCUUGUUCAGUGAAAUGGGACAAUGUAGCAAAUAUAGAGAUCUAGUUUCAUCCACUUUUUUGGGCUUCUUACCAGAGCAGUCACCUGAAACCAAACCCUACACUGUCUGCGCUUCACUGAGGAUAAUGUUAUCUUGAGCUGAGAACAGUUGCUUCUUGUGUAUAAUGGUUUUGGGUUAUGUUGGUAGCCCUUUUUGAUGGCCCCUUUGAGUUGAUUUGACCAACUGUGUAUGUUAUGACUUGGCAAUGUGUGAAUGUCAAAUUUCGUCAGAUCAAGAGCUACAUUUGGUCAAUAAACCAGUGACUCAAUUGGGCAUAGUUGUGAUAUUGAGCUUAAACUGCUGAUGUGUGAGUGAAAAGGCGGCAUCAUCACUUUGUGAGGCCCUAUGACUACUACAUCCCUUCCUUCUAUUGAAUCAGCAAGGAGAACACUCACAUGCUAGUCAUGCCUCUACUGAUUAGGCCUAUUGGACUAUAAAAGUCAAUAGGUGCUAGUGCUGAGCGAUUUAACUAAAAUGUUGGUUAUUUUUUUAUUUUUAAACAACUGAUUGACCGAUAUCUGUUAAAUUAUUGGAAUUCCAUUUUUCUAUGAGCUCGAUGUGCAGUUUCUGUAGAGAUAUAUCAGAUCAAGCCUGAACUGUGCGAUGUAGUAGGGAGUUGUAGAUUCCAACAGGCCAAUAUUCUACAUAGUUUAGCACAGAAACGUGGUAAUUAACUACAUUGGCCCGUUUAAACUUGUCCGGUCUGUGCGGAGCAGACACGAGACUGACGCCUCAUGUCCACCAGAUGCAUCAAACUCAUUGAGUUCCGGCGGAAGCCAUUCAUUGUCAAUGGAGCAGUCCGUAACGCAACGUUGGGGGUACCGCACAUUCUGUGUACCGCAUGCACUCAAUAUUUUUACAGUGCGGUGGUACAAAUGGAAGUACACACACAAACUCCAACUAACUGGCUUUUAGCUAUUUGAAAAGCUAAGCACUUGGUCGUCAUGUACAGAAAAUGCAGGCUAGACAUCCGGCAAAACAAAACUAUUAUUUGUUUUUUAGACUGUUCCUAAUAAUAUUUAUAAUAAUAACGCUCCUUUUACUUGAUCUCCUUCUUAUUGUUAUUAUUACUAUCAAUAUUAUGAUCAUAAGUAAUGUCAUUUAUCAUUAGUAGCCUUAGUAUAGCAGCCUUGUAUAACCACCACUGAGCUAUAGGCCUAAGAGCGCAUCCUGUUUAGUCUUAAUACCAUAACUUACUUAGGCCUAUAUUUCAAUACUUACAGUGAGGGAAAAAAAGUAUUUGAUCCCCUGCUGAUUUUGUACGUUUGCCCACUGACAAAGAAAUGAUCAGUCUAUAAUUUUAAUGGUAGGUUUAUUUGAACAGUGAGAGACAGAAUAACAACAAAGAAAUCCAGAAAAACGCAUGUAAAAAAUGUUAUAAAUUGAUUUGCAUUUUAAUGAGGGAAAUAAGUAUUUCACCCCCUCUCAAUCAGAAAGAUUUCUGGCUCCCAGGUGUCUUUUAUACAGGUAACGAGCUGAGAUUAGGAGCACACUCUUAAAGGGAGUGCUCCUAAUCUCAGCUUGUUACCUGUAUAAAAGACACCUGUCCACAGAAGCAAUCAAUCAAUCAGAUUCCAAACUCUCCACCAUGUCCAAGACCAAAGAGCUCUCCAAGGAUGUCAGGGACAAGAUUGCAGACCUACACAAGGCUGGAAUGGGCUACAAGACCAUCGCCAAGCAGCUUGGUGAGAAGGUGACAACAAUUGGUGCGAUUAUUUGCAAAUGGAAGAAACACAAAAGAACUGUCAAUCUCCCUCGGCCUGGGGCUCCUUGCAAGAUCUCACCCCGUGGAGUUGCAAUGAUCAUGAGAAUGGUGAGGAAUCAGCCCAGAACUACACGGGAGGAUCUUGUCAAUGAUCUCAAGGCAGCUGGGACCAUAGUCACCAAGAAAACAAUUGGUAACACACUACGCCGUGAAGGACUGGAAUCCUGCAGCGCCCGCAAGGUCCCCCUGCUCAAGAAAGCACAUAUACAGGCCCGUCUGAAGUUAGCCAAUGAACAUCUGAAUGAUUCAGAGGAGAACUGGGUGAAAUUGUUGUGGUCAGAUGAGACCAAAAUAGGGCUCUUUGGCAUCAACUCAAUUUGCCUUGUUUGGAGGAGGAGGAAUGCUGCCUAUGACCCUAAGAACACCAUCCCCACGUCAAACAUGGAGGUGGAAACAUUAUGCUUUGGGGGUGUUUUUCUGCUAAGGGGACAGGACAACUUCACCGCAUCAAAGGGACGAUGGACGGGGCCAUGUACCGUCAAAUCUUGGGUGAGAACCUCCUUCCCUCAGCCAGGGCAUUGAAAAUGGGUCGUGGAUGGGUAUUCCAGCAUGACAAUGACCCAAAACACACGGCCAAGGCAACAAAGGAGUGGCUCAAGAAGAAGCACAUUAAGGUCCUGGAGUGGCCUAGCCAGUCUCCAGAACUUAAUCCCAUAGAAAAUCUGUGGAGGGAGCUGAAGGUUCGAGUUGCCGAACGUCAGGCUCGAAACCUUAAUGACUUGGAGAAGAUCUGCAAAGAGGAGUGGGACAAAAUCCCUCCUGAGAUGUGUGCAAACCUGGUGGCCAACUACAAGAAACGUCUGACCUCUGUGAUUGCCAACAAGGGUUUUGCCACCAAGUACUAAGUCAUGUUUUGCAGAGGGGUCAAAUACUUAAUUCCGUCAUUAAAAUGCAAAUCAAUUUAUAACAUUUUUGACAUGUGUUUUUCUGGAUGUUUUUGUUGUUAUUCUGUCUCUCACUGUUCAAAUAAACCUACCAUUAAAAUUAUAGACUGAUCAUGUGUUUGUCAGUGGGCAAACGUACAAAAUCAGCAGGGAAUCAAAUACUUUUUUCCCUCACUUUAUAUAGGCUACUGUAUCAAUCAAUCAUUCAUUUGUUCAUGUCAUCACACAGCAUACGAGUCAUUCAUGAUUUUAAAAUGAAGCAAACCUUGAAUAAUUUGCUUAAACAAUAAGUAAACCGUUCCAUUUCAGAAAUUGCAUUCAUGAAUGAAUGCGACUGUUUUUAAGUCUUUGCUGUAAAUAAGGCUUAGCCAAAAACAUUACAACAAACUCUCUGGUACGCUUAUAAUUUAUUUAGUGUUUACAUUGUUCCAGAUGGUCAGGAAAAGUAUAUUGUAAUCUAUACAGCACCUGUUUGGCACACAUAAUAUGCACGCAGAGCUUGCUCCUCACCUUCUUUUUCUUGAUCUCCAGUAUUUUCCACAACUAGUCAAAUGUAUCCCACACAUCUGACUUUCCCUUUACCUCCUGAGCAACGAGUAAAUAUUCCCCUGUUUUGAGUUUAUUUGUCAUGUCCUCUGCAUCCAUUUUGCUGUCAUAUGUGUUACGGUGUUCAGAGUUUGUUAUAACCAAUUUAUUGAUGUGAUUAUGAUGCUAUAUGUCAGGCCCUAUUGUGCCCUAUUCGGACGGGAUUAGUUUUACUGGCGGAGGUCGGGUAAUGUAAUUACAGUGGGGGAAAAAAGUAUUUAGUCAGCCACCAAUUGUGCAAGUUCUCCCACUUAAAAAGAUGAGAGAGGCCUGUAAUUUUCAUCAUAGGUACACGUCAACUAUGACAGACAAAAUGAGAAAAAUAAAUCCUGAAAAUCACAUUGUAGGAUUUUUAAUGAAUUUAUUUGCAAAUUAUGGUGGAAAAUAAGUAUUUGGUCACCUACAAACAAGCAAGAUUACUGGCUCUCACAGACCUGUAACUUCGAGCACAAAACACCACAUCUGUAAUUUUUGUCCUGUCUGAAUCUGCCAUGGCAGUAAUUUUUACAUGGCAGGAGAGUAACAAUUCCAGACAGAAUAACCUACUGUUUUUUGGCGAUGAUAAUACUAGUCCCAUGCGAAUCGAUAUCCCUGUGUUUUGAGAGAAAUGUCUGAGUUUGACAGGUGAUGCUCGUGGUUGGUGCAAGAAAACAAUACAAUUUGAUUAUCGAAUCAGUUAUUUGUCAUAUGCACCAAAUACAACAGGUGUAGACCUUACAGUGAAAUGCUUACUUACAAGCCCUUAACCAUCAAUGCCCUGCGGCCUUGUGAAUGUUGACCUGUUUAAAGGUCUUACUCACAUCAGCUACGGAGAGCAUGAUCACACAGUCAUCCGGAACAGCUGAUGCUCUCAUGCAUGCUUCAGUGUUGCUUGCCUCGAAGCAAGCAUAGAAGUAAUUUAGCUCGUCUGGUACGCUCGUGUCACUGAGCAGCUCGCGGCUGUGCAUCCUUUUGUAGUCCGUAAUAGUUUGCAAGCCCUGCCACAUCCGACGAGCGUCAGAGCCGGUGUAGUACGAUUCAAUCUUAGUCCUGUAUUGACGCUUUGCCUGUAUGAUGGUUCGUCGGAGGGCAUUGCGGGAUUUCUUAUAAGCGUCCGGGUUAGAGUCCUGCUCUUUGAAAGUGGCAGCUCUACCCUUUAGCUCAGUGCAGAUGUUGCCUGUAAUCCAUGGCUUCUGGUUGGGGUAUGUACGUACGGUUACUGUGGGUAUGACGUCAUCGAUGCACUUAUUGAUGAAGCCAGUGACUGAUGUGGUGUACUACUCAAUGCCAUCGGAAUAAUCCCGGAACAUAUUCCAGUCUGUGCUAGCAAAACAGUCCUGUAGCUUAGCAUCUGCGUCAUCUGACCACUUCUGUAUUGAGCGAGUCACUGGUACUUCCUGCUUUAGUUUUUGCUUGUAAGCAGGAAUCAGGAGGAUAUAAUUAUGGUCAGAUUUGCCAAAUGGAGGGUGAGGGAGAGUAGUACGCGUCUCUGUGUGUGGAGUAAAGGUGGUCUAGAGUUUUUUUUUCUCCCUCUGGUUGCACAUUUAACAUGCUGGUAGAAAUUAGGUCAAACGGAUUUAAGUUUCCCUGCAUUAAAGUCCCCGGCCACUAGGAGCGCCGCCUCUCUAUGAGCAUUUUCUUGUUUGCUUAUGGCCUUGUACAGCUCGUUGAGUGCGGUCUUAGUGCCAGCAUCGGUUUGUGGUGGUAAAUAGACAGCUACGAGAAAUAUCGAUGACGGCGAGUGGGUAAUCUGCCUCAGUCCAUCAGUCCUAUUAGCCAACGUACAAUCAUUGGAUAACAAAAUGGAUGAGCUUCGAUCAAGACUAUCCUACCAACGGGACAUUCAAAACUGUAAAAUCUUAUGUUUCACAGAGUCGUGGCUGAACGACAACAUGGAUAACAUACAGCUGGCAGGGUUUUUUGGUGCAUCGGCAAGAUAGAACAGCUGCCCCCGGUAAGACAAGGGGUGGCGGUCGGUGUGUAUUUGUAAAUAACAGCUGGGGCACGAAAUGUAAUAUUUCAGGAAGUCUCAAGGUUUUGCUCGCCUGAGGUAGAGUAUCUCAUGAUAAGCUUUAGACCACAUUAUUUACCAAGAGAAUUUUCAACUUUCACAGUGAAUGCUUUUGUUUAUAUGUUUUGUGCGUAUGAAUUGAAUAUUGGCAAAUGCAUCAGUGGAAAAUAUUGAGCCUAUUUAAUGCAACCCUUGCUGUUAAUAGAUCGCAAAGCAGCAGCAUACAACUGACCUAAACGUUUGGAAAUGAUAAGUUAACGUUCUCAUCCAUAGCCUUAAAACGCAUCUGAAGUGCAAUUGCACUGUUUAGCUCACAUCUGAAGGCUGGGGGGCAUUUAGGACGUACUGUAGGUGCUGGGGGGCAUUCAGCACGUAGGUGCUGAAGAGUGUUUCUGUCUGUAAUGAAACGCCCUUUUGUGGGGAAGAAAUCAUUCUGAUUGGCUGGGCCUGGCUCCCCAGUGGGUGGGCCUGGCUCCCAAGUGGGUGGGCCCACCCAUGGGUGGGCCCACCCAUGGCUGCACCCUUGCCCUUCAUGUGAAAUCCAUCGAUAAGGGGCUAAUGAAUUUAUUUCAAUUUACUGAUUUCCUUAAAUGAACUGUAACUCAGUAAAAUCUUUGAAAUUGUUGCAUGAUGCGUCUAUAUUUUUGGUCAGUGUAUUCAGAACUUGACUUUUUCCACAUUCUGUUACGUUACAGCCUUAUUCUAAAAUUGAUUAAAUAAAAAUAUUUCCUCAUCAAUCUACACACUAUACCCCAUAAUGAGAAAGCGAAAACGGGUUUUUAGAAAUUUUAGCAAAUUGUUUAAAAAUAAAAAACGGAAAUACCUUAUUUACAUAAGUAUUCAGACCCUUUGCUAUGAGACUCAACAUUGAGCUCAGGUGCAUCCUGUUUCCAUUGAUCAUCCUUGAGAUGUUUCUACAACUUGAUUGGAGUCCACCUGUGGUAAAUUCAAUUGAUUGGACAUGAUUUGGAAAGGCACACACCAGUCUAUAUAAAGUCCCACAGUUAACAGUGCAUGUCAGAGCAAAAACCAAGCCAUGAGGUCGAAGGAAUUGUCUGUAGAGCUCCGAGACAGGAUUGUGUCGAGACACAGAUCAGGGGAAGAAUACCAAAAGACUUCUGCAGCAUUGAAUGUCCCCAAGAACACAGUGGCCUCCAACAUUCUUAAAUGGAAGAAGUUUGGAAGCACCAAGACUCUUCCUAGAGCUGGCCUCCUGGCCAAACUGAGCAAUGGGGGUAGAAUGGCCUUGGUCAGGAAGGUGACCAAGAACCUAAUGGUCACUCUGACAGAGCUCCAGAGUUCCUCUGUGGAGAUGGGAGAACCUUCCAGAAUGACAACUAUCUCUGCAGCACUCCACCAAUCAGGCCUUUAUGGUAGAGUGGCCAGAUGGAAGCCACUCCUCAGUAAAAGGCACAUGACAACCCGCUUCGAGUUUGCCAAAAGGCACCUAAAGGACUCUCAGACCAUGAGAAAGAAGUCUCUCUGGUCUGAUGAAACCAAGAUUGAACUCUUUGGCCUGAAUGCCAAGCGUCACGUCUGGAGGAAACCUGGCACCAUCCCUACGGUGAAGCAUGGUGGUGGCAGCAUCAUGCUGUGGGGAUGUUUUUCAGUGGCAGGGACUGGGAGACUAGUCAGGAUAGAGGGAAAGAUGAACGGAGCAAAGUACAGCGAGAUCGUUGAUGAAAAUCUGCCCCAGAGCGCUCAGGACAUCAGGUCUGAAUACUUAUGUAAAUGUGAUGUAUUUAAUUCUUUAGAUUUUUUUACAUUUAUAGGGUAUUUUGUGUAGAUUGAUGAGGGGGUGGGGAAAACUAUUUAAUCCGUUUUAGAAUAAGGCUGUAACGUAGCAAAAUGUGGAAAAAGUCAAGAUGUCUGAAUACUUUCUGUAUGUAUGAUAUGUGUGCGUCUGUAGCUUUCUCACUCAUUAUUAUUCAUGGUAGCAUCCACAUUAAUGUAGAAGUGUUUAUAAACAUAUUCUGUUCUUAUUUACAAUAAAAGUGACUCCAAAAUGACACUACAUUAUUUACCAAUCAUUUCUAUUGGGCACAAAAUAAUCUGAAACACAACCAAAACAAACAGCAAAUGCAUCCAACAAAUUUGUAGUCACAAGCUUGAUGUAAUCAUUGUGUGCUAUGACUAUGGGACCAAACACGUAACUUUUUACUCCUUUAAUACACAUAAGUGAAUUAUAAUUUUUAUUUAUUUUUUGGUACUUUUACCCCUUUUUUCCCCCCCAAUUUGUGAUGUCCAGUUGGUAGUUACAGUCAUGUCCCAUCGCAGCAACUCCCCUACGGACUCGGGAGAGGCGAAGGUCGAGAGCCAUGCGUCCUCCGAAACACGACCCUGCCAAGCCGCACUGCUUCUUGACACACUGCUCACUUAACCUGGAAGCCAGCCGCACCAAUGUGAAACACGUCCAACUGGCCAAGUCUGCUUGCAGGUACCCGGCCCACCAAAAGGAGUCGCUAGAGCAUGAUGGGACAAGGAAUUCUCGGCCGGCCAAACCCUCCCCUAACUGUAGUGACGCCUCAAGCACUGCGAUGCAGUGCCUUAGACUGCUGCGCCACUCGGGAGGCCUGGUGUGACAUUCUUGAGCAAACUUAAUCAACGCUCUCUUCUUCUCCCCCAGAUGGGCUGACAUGUUCUCCGCAAAUGGUUGUAAAGACUCCCCUGAACACACAUUUUCCCACCCAUUUGUACAGGUGCAGUCUUUCAAAUAAAAUAAAAAUUCAUACUGUAUGUGUAAGCUUAGACCUAAGUAAAUCACUUGUGUCUUUAUCAACAUUUUGAAUGGAUUAAAUGUAUCAUUAUUAUUUUGUUCUUGCUUAGUGUUUGAUGGGUAGGUUGCUGAGUGCUGACCUUGUGCCUCUGUUUGUUUUGUCUGUCUCUCUCUCUUCCUCACAAACCCUCUCUCACUCCUACCCCCAUGCCUCCCCUCUCUCUCCUUCUACCCCUCUGCCUCUCUCUCCUUCUACCCCUCUGCCUUCCUCUCUCUCUCCUAUCCCUCCUUUUCCCUCUCUAGGCCGUAGGGAUGUUCCUGGGGGAGCUCAGUUGUCUGGCUGUCUUCCACAUGCUGCUUUGUCACGACAGACGGAGACCAGAACCCAAGAUGAACACGGGCCAGAGCUUCAACCCCCUCCUCUUCCUUCCCCCUGCCCUCUGUGACAUGACUGCUACCUCCAUCAUGUAUGUUGGUACGUGACCCCGACAACCUGGAUAUUUAUCUUCAUUGGGAAUUGCAGUGGGCUCCAGAGUUUUCUGGGCAUGUUGCUCAUUGCUUGAGCCGCCAUUUAAUUCCCUCGCACCUUGCAUAAAAUAUUUUCAUAAUGUGACAAUUCACACCAAAAAGGGCUUCCAAGUUCUAGUCUUCAAAAGUAUUCUUCAAAAACUGCGAGGAAGUCAAAAUGAUCUGUAACAUAUUAUGGUCAGAGGCACAAUUACAAACUAAUCUUAAAUUCCUGUGAUAUAUCUCCUAUUUUAUUAAGGAACUGGAACACAAUAACCGAGAACUCUAGAUUGUCAUAGUGAAAGUUUGUGCUAACUGCAGACCUGGGUUCAAAUAGUAUUUGCUUUCUUUUGCCUGUUGAACCAAUUGAAUAGUCCCAAUGUGCAACCGCUGCCCAUUUGCCACUCCAGGCAGACUUAUUUAAACAAUAAAUCCUAUUUACAUUUUAGUCAUUUAGCAGACACUCUUGUUCAGAGCGACUUACAGGAGCAAUUAGCGUUAAGUAUCUUUUACCUAGUCGGCUCAGGGAUUUGAACCAGCAACGUUUCGGUUACUGGCCCAGCACUCUUAACCGCUAGGCUACCUGCCGCCCUAUUUGAACCAAGCUCUGUCUGUGACCCUCUCCCCAGCCCUGAACAUGACGAGCGCCUCCAGCUUCCAGAUGCUGCGUGGGGCGGUGAUCAUCUUCACGGGCCUGCUGUCGGUGGCCUUCCUAGGGCGCCGCCUGGUGGCCAGUCAGUGGACAGGCAUCCUCGUCACCAUCCUGGGCCUGAUAGUGGUGGGCCUGGCUGACUUCAUGAGCGGACACAAGGACGACUCGCACAAACUUAGCGAGGUCAUCACUGGUAAGGUAGAGAGAGUGGGUUGGAAGGAGAUACUUGUAGUGGCAAGGGUAGGACUGUUAGAACACAAUGUGUACGGUUAAUACGAUUAUUGUGAAUAGUCAGAUUAAUAUGAUAGUUUGAUUUAAAUGUUUGCAUGCUUUGCAAGAAGAACGAUUUCCUUAAAAAUCCUGUUUAACAUGGACACAUCUGAAAUCAGGCUACCUGAUGGGACUUUGAUAAAUGCAGAAAAUCUCUAAUCAAAAUUUACAUUCUACCACAGCGGCCAUGUUAUUUUUGUGAAGCCUAUUUGAUUCUGAGUUCGGACAUAUAACGUUUGUAUGUGAAAACUAUUUCUAAGAUAAAUACGUCCAGUUUUUCCAAACUCACUACUCGCACAAAAGAAGGAAGCUUGCGCUGGUCGUGCACAGAUCAAAUACACUGCUUUAACUCGUGAUAAUUUCAAAGGUGCUCAGAAAAGCAGGUGUUUUAAUCGGCGUAUGCUUACUUCGAUUAUGACCUUACGCCGAUAUAAGAAAGCAGAGUAAGGUGUUUACAAGAUUAAUGCCAUAUUCUGCCUUUGGGCUGUCCCCGACCAAAAAAGAAUCUUGCUCAACCGAGAGUCGUCUCUUCUUUCGACCAAUUGAUUGGUCGAAAUGUUCAAACGUGUAUUUUUCCAUAUAUAGACACACCCAAUGUUUGAAUAAAAUCACCUCUAUGUAGGCUACUUUGCCUGAUGCUUUAAGCACUGCAAUUAAAAAUAAAGAUACACAAGUUACUAAAGAGGGAGCCAGGGAUCAAUAUAGCCUAACCAGGCUACACCAGCGGUCGGCAACCUUUUCCAUUUGGAGUGCCAAGUUAUCAUACAAUCUCUACUGAUCUGCAUGCCAGUUAUGAUUUUCAUAUGCAAAUUUUUGUGGAACAUUUAAUUUAUAAUAGUGUUCAUAUCUUCAAUCAAAAUUCUAUCUAAAUGAAAAUGAUACAAAUCUAAAAACGUAUAUUGCCAUUGCCAAUAUGUAAAAAUAGCCUACAUAAAGCCAACAAAUAAAAACAUUGCAGCCCACCGGUAGAAAAUAUCCUGAUUUAAAAAUAAAAAUAAAUCCUAUAAAUCACAUUGGCUAAACAUGGCCUGUCUGCAAGGAACUUGAAACAUUGUAUCAACUAUUAACUUGGGUCCGGCCUGAAGCUCAUGCUAGCAAACUUGCAACAUUGUAUAAAAUAUUCUGGUCCCUCAGAGUUUCCUGCGCCAGUGCGCUCCGGACAGACAGUCACAGCUGUAGGCUAUUUGCACAAGGGAUAAGAAGUAAUCAGGUAGGCCUUUUUUUAUGACAUUUCCACAGGAUCAGAACAUGAAACAUUUUCCCCUUUCAUGCUGAGUGGUUAUCGAAAUUGCUAUUGUAAUUCUCAAUGGAUGUACAGUUGGAGUCAUUAAAACUCGUUUUUCAACCACUCCACAAAUUUCUUGUUAACAAACUAUAGUUUUGGCAAGUCGGUUAGGACAUCUACUUUGUGCAUGACACAAGUAAUUUUUCCAACAAUUGUUUACAGACAGAUUUCACUUAUAAUUCACUGUAUCACAAUUCCAGUGGGUCAGAAGUUUACAUACACUAAGUUGACUGUGCCUUUAAACAGCUUGGAAAAUUCCAGAAAAUUAUGUCAUGGCUUUAGAAGCUUCUGAUAGGCUAAUUGACAUCAUUUGAGUCAAUUGGAGGUGUACCUGUGGAUGUAUUUCAAGGCCUACCUUCAAACUCAGUGCCUCUUUGCUUGACAUCAUGGGAAAAUGAAAAGAAAUCAGCCAAGACCUCAGAAAAAAUAUUGUAGACCUCCAAGUCUGGUUCAUCCUUGGGAGCAAUUUCCAAACGCCUGAAGGUACCACGUUCAUCUGUACAAACAAUAGUACGCAAGUAUAAACACCAUGGGACCACGCAGCCGCCAUACUGCUCAGGAAGGAGACGCGUUCUGUCUCCUAGAGAUGAACGUACUUUGGUGCGAAAAGUGCAAAUCAAUCCCAGAACAACAGCAAAGGACCUUGUGAAGAUGCUGGAGGAAACAGGUACAAAAGUAUCUAUAUCCACAGUAAAAUGAGCCCUAUAUUGACAUAACCUGAAAGGCCGCUCAGCAAGGAAGAAGCCACUGCUCCAAAACCGCCAUAAAAAAGCCAGACUACGUUUUGCAACUGCACAUGGGGACAAAGAUCGUACUUUUUGGAGAAAUGUCCUCUGGUGUGAUGAAACAAAAAUAGAACUGUUUGGCCAUAAUGACCAUCGUAAUGUUUGGAGGAAAAAGGGGGAUGCUUGCAAGCUGAAGAACACCAUCCCAACCGUGAAGCACCGUGGUGGCAGCAUCAUGCUGUGGGGGUGCUUUGCUGCAGGAGGGACUGGUGCACUUCACAAAAUAGAUGGCAUCAUGAGGAAGGAAAAUUAUGUGGAUAUAUUGAAGCAACAUCUCAAGACAAGACAAUGACCCCAAGCAUACUUCCAAAGUUGUGGCAAAAUCGCUUAAGGACAACAAAGUAAAGGUAUUGGAGUGGCCAUCACAAAGCCCUGACCUCAAUCCUAUAGAAAAUCGUGUGCCAUAACAUUUUUUUCAUAUAUUUGCCACUGCUCGACUAAAAAGAGUCUCAGUCGACCAACAGCCUAUCGAUCAAACAAUCGACCAGUCGACUAAAUGGGGUCAGCCCUACUCUGCCUACUGCCAUAAUCAGUUUAAUAUCAAAUUAUUAGUGUGCAUGUAAACAUACUCAUUGUUAAGAGGAUAAUGAGUGGGCACUUACAGUGACAAAGGUAGGGCCCUGUUCGAAUACUCUUAGAACAGUGUUUCCCAACACUGUCUUAGAAUAUGUCUUUCCCUCCUUCCACACUUGAAUUAAUGAUGCAUCUAACUCAUGAUUGGAUAGUUGAAAGCAAACUUUACACAGCAGUGAUUUCACCAGUCCAGUCACAUCUAAUCAGUGAUUACCUCAAGGAAAAUGGGAAGGAAGGAUACAUUUGAAUGGUAUUCAAACAGGGCCCACAACUGAGUUGGAGUCUAUUGACUUUUGAUUAUUUCGAUUUAGCUUCCACAGAGACUGGUUUUCCCUCACUAGCAACAUCUUGCUAAAACAAAUGUCCAAUGAGGAACUGUCAUGCAAAGGCCUUACCCAUCUCUUCUAAUCCUAAGGUGACCUUCUGAUCAUCAUGGCCCAGGUCAUUGCUGCUGUCCAGAUGGUUCUGGAGGAGAAGUUUGUCUACAAGCAUGACGUUCAUCCUCUACGGGCAGUGGGCACUGAAGGUACAGUGAGCAUACUGUAUACAUUUAUGGCUGUAUGCAUUUGGUUAAUGUAUAACUCCAUGUACAGAAUAUAGCAAUGGUGUUUGUAGAGCUUUGAGAGUGAAGCUUACAGUCUUAAGAAACACAAGCAUAAUAAUCAGAUGUGUAGGUAGUACUUAAUGACCUAUUUGACCAUUUCUGUUAUAGUUUAUUUCUACAGAAAAAAAUAAUGUUGGUGGUGUUGUCACCAUUUCAUGCUUGAGAUGGUGCUAAUGUCUGUAGAUCAUUAGGGACUGUACGUUAUGUAUUAUGCGGGAUACCUGGAGAAAAUCGGACCUAAAAAAAAAAAUAGAAAUAAGAAGUGCCCAUCCCCUAUACCCAAAAUAAUAAUUAAGCAUAAAGGACAGACCAGAACCUUAGAUAUGCAGAAACUGUUCUUCGUUUUGUAAGCAUUACAUGGCAAAGUAGCCAGAAGGUUGUGGAUUCGCAGACCACCGCGGACAAGGGUGAAAAGAUCUCCAUUAUAAUAAAAGCAUUGCAUCAAUCUAUCAUCUUAUUUGCGGUCCGAGGAAAAAAUAGCCUUUUUAUAAACGCAUUUCAUGCAGUUCUACGUCAUUUUACAUGACUGGGAAGGGUUAAAUGCAGAAGAAACAUUUCAGUUGUUAAAAAAUAGGAUAGUCUAAAUUUCGAACAGUGCGAAAGUUUUCUAUCAACUGUAAGAAUGUAGCGCAACCGAACCAGUUACAACUGAAGUGUCUGAUCAUCAAUGAAUUAGAGAAGAAGAAAAAAAUACACAGCAGCCGUAUAUCAUCAGGUAGGCCUAUAUGCCCUAAAACUAUAAUUUUCUAACGUAUUCUAUUUUAUUCCAUGAUAUUGUUAUAAAAUAGAUUUGUGUUGACUGGGCAUGGGAAUAUAAGAGCAUCUGCUUGGCUAAACUAGGCAUGCAUAGCUCACCGCAUGAUCCUCAAACCAAAGACUGGCCAAACUUGUGAAUUCAAAGGCACUGUAGAAUGACUGUAUAGCCUAAUAACACAUUUUUCAUUUAAUUACUAUUCAAUUAUAAAUAAAUAAAAUAUUUCAUUUUAUAUAGCCUAAAUGAGAAAUGUAUAGGCAUGUUGUUGAAGUGCUGUUGUUGAUAUGUUGUUGAAAUGCUGAGCGCUCCUGCCAGCCUGUAGCUGUCACAAAUGCUUCACAAUGUUUUUCUUAAAUGGCAGGCUAUAUAUAGCCUUGAAAUAAUAAUAAUAAUAAUAAUAUAGCCUAAAUAAUUUAUUUAGGCUACCUGGCUUGUGCCUGACUGAUUUUAGCGUUAGUAUGUUGUUUAAUAGCCUGUUGAAAUGUUGAACGUCAACUGAUAGUGACAGAAUCAAACAUUACUGUACUUCCCAAGCAAGGUAACUGUUUUGUCUUCUCGGCUAUAGAAGGUUGUAGCGCAGUCUCUGAAUAUCAUAGAGACAAACCAAAGAUAUCCCAUAUGGAUCGGAAUCACAUCUUUCCCAUUUUACAGCUUGUUUCUAGCAUAAAGCAUUACAGACUAAAUCGUCAUUAUAGAUCGCUUGAUAUAAUCAGGUCAAUUUUUUUAUUUUAAACAUUUCACCACCCAUGUUAUCUACAUGAUUAAAUAUCCAUGUGGGCUGUGUUAUGUAGGUAAAACCUCUCGUUCUCUCAAACAGAGAAUUAGUGAACAUAAAUGUUCCAUCAGGAGAAACGACAGGGAUUAUCCAGUCGCAGUACAUUUUAAUGACCAAAAACAUGACAUUUCUACCUUUUUGGGGGGGGGGGGGAUUUUGUGACAUAGAGAAAGUUAAGAUAUCAGACAGGGGAGGUGAUACAAAUAAUACUCUGAGCAAAAGAGAAUGUUUUGGGAUUUUCACCCUCCAGACAUUAUUUCCUAAAGGUCUUAAUGAUAAAAUUCCUAUGUAUGUUAUGUUGUAAAUGUGAACAUGAAUUAAUGCCACCAUUUCCGAUUACGCUGACGUUUUUCUUGCGCUGUACCCAAUGAUUUAUGAAAACUUGCUUGAUGGGUCGAUGUCCUCAUUGUGGUUUUAUAGACAUGUUUAAUACGUUUUAUGUACACACUUUAUUCUAAUAUUUAUGAAAUGCACAUUGUUAUAUUUGGUAACACUUACUUAUUUUCCCUCGACUCCAACCCCAUUCAAUGCAUUGAACGGAUGUGGGUGGAGCUAUGUUUACAUAAGGGUGCUAAUGUUUUAAAACUCACAAAAGCUCUGACGAAGGCCUCAGGGCCUAUACGUAAAGCUUAUUAAAGAGCGGUGAUACUAACAAGAGCAGUGUGCUGGCUUCUUCUUUUUUCUCAUCUUAUUCAACUGUUACCAUGCACCUGCAAAAAAAGAUAGCUCAGAUGUGCGAGUGCCUUUUGAAUUUUUUCUCAAAAAAUCUUAUGCUAACAAGGUGUAGGCCCAUGCUUUUAGCCAUUUACCCUCACAUACCCCCUCAAUUUGAGCCCUGGUUUUAACGUAACACACCAAGCCCUUCACUGACACUGAGAUAUUUAAGGAGUGCAUGGUGACUGAAGGAAUUGGCUGACAAAAUGUAUGGAUUGUAGUCCCCUGUAGCUCAGUUGGUAGAGCAUGGCGCUUGCAACGCCAGGGUUGUGGGUUCGUUUCCCACGGGGGGCCAGUAUGAAAAUGUAUGCACUCACUAACUGUAAGUCGCUCUGGAUAAGAGCGUCUGCUAAAUGACUAAAAUGUUGUUUUUUUUUAUUGUAGACUAUAAUUUUGUCUGUCAAACAGGUAGGCAUACCUCUUAUUUCUUGAAUAGGAAGAAGUAACUUCCAACACAAAGCCCUCUUAUUGUUAGUAGCCUAAAGUCAAAUACAAUUGAAGACUGUUUAAAUUAAUUAGGCCUUCUCGAAUUAACAUACUUUCAGCACCCAUGCACUCUCCAUCUCCGCGGCUGCUUCAUAGUAAUUUAAGUUAUGUAAAUUACUCUAAUAUGGCUUAUUGGGAGGUCAAUAACUCAGAUAAAUAGCUUCAUUAUGGGCAAAGAAACAUUUGUUUUUAUUCAAAUCAAUUAUAGCAAUAUAAUUAUUUUCGGAAGAAGCCUUUGAUUCGCCUCCUGAAGUGCCACUGUACACAGCACAGCCAUUGGUUAGGCAGCAAAAAAGGGUUUACCUCAGCAAGAGCUGGGCAGGCCAGGGCUCAUUUUUGGGAACGCCUAUCCAUUGCAGUGUGUAAUGCAGCGUAGCCAAGUUUUCUAUACACCAUCCCAGCAGCGCAAAAACUCAGGAAGUACAUUUUCGUAGAAAUAUAACUUUGCCCUGUCCUUCUCUGAGCAUGCUCUUCAUUUAGCCUAGGCCUAAAGUCUAUAGUAUAGGCUAUGGAUCAUUUGAUUGAGACCACACUAGGUGCACUUGAUAUUGUGCGCCCAGCAGAGAAUCAGGGAUGAGGGGCAGCAUCGGGCACACAUCGAGAUAUAAUAACCAACACAUUCUCAAACACUGAGCAAUAUGACAUUUAAUAGAUCACAAAUUACAUGACCCUCCCCUGGACUAAAUAAAACAAUACUGAACCCUCCCCCUAACUGAAAUUGAAAAAGCACGACCCUCCUCCAUUUUCCUCCAGGUAACAAUUGUUUAAAUUUUGACCACUCCCUUAGUAAUUCACCCUGCCUCCAUUCAUUUCCACCCUUCUUCUUCUCCUCCAUUCUCCAGGGUUCUUUGGCUUCUUCAUCCUCUCGCUCCUCCUCAUCCCAUUUUUCUACAUCCCGGUGGGCAGCUUCAGCAACAACCCCCGCCACGUCCUCGAGGACGCGCUGGACGCCUUCUGCCAGAUCGGCCACAACCCCAUGAUCAUCCUGGCGUUGCUCGGCAACACAGUGUCCAUCGCCUUCUUCAACUUUGCCGGCAUCUCUGUCACCAAGGAGAUCAGUGCCACCACGCGCAUGGUGCUGGACAGCCUGCGCACCGUGGUCAUCUGGGUGGUCAGUCUGGCUCUGGGCUGGGAGCAGUUCCAUGGGUUACAGGUGUUGGGUUUCAUUGUGCUGUUGGUGGGUGCGGCGCUGUAUAAUGGGCUUCAUCGCCCCCUGCUUGCAAGGAUUCCGUGCUGCGCCAGCAUGGUGGAGGAGGAGGAGGAAGGCAACCCAGCGGAGAGGACGAGAUUGCUGGACGAGGGAAGGGUGCAGGAAGAGAGCUAACUGACCUGAUAUGAUGACCUCGCAACAUACUGAAAGUGUGUGUAUGACAUGGAGAUAACAUAACCUCGUUGCACUCCACACCAUGUGUGUAUGACAUGAAGACGACACAUUUCUCAGAUAACUGUACAUGACAAUAUCUUUAAAACUAUUUUUAACUCCUGGUUGUAAAUUUCAGGUGACAUGUUGAUAGGAUCUUGGAAUAGCCUUCCUCACGGCUUGUUGCAGCAUCGGUUAAAUGUGUCAGUGGUGGCAGGCAUUUUAUAAAUCACCAAAAGGUUAAGCAUAACAUCGUUUGAUAGAGUGCAGUACCGUGUUCAUUGAUAUAUAUGGGUUUACUGUGGUUUCUUACACUUUUAACUAAUAUUUGAUUCUGGGAAAUGGUAAUACAUUCGUUUUGGGUUGAUUUAAUUUCAAUACUUUGGUCUUGACCAGUGUCGUUUGGUGGAUCUCACCGCUGUUUUUCGAAUUUGAAAAUGGGCUUGGGUUCAGUAUUACGGCCUUGGCAUUUAUACUGACCUCUUAUUUCUGAUUUCCCCUGGUGUGAAAUCAUGGACUUGUAGUAACUUAGACAAGAUAUUGCAUAUGGCACCAGUGGGCUGUUGGUUCCAUGCUUUUUAAAUUGUUUUUCAUUGUUGCACUGUACAUUUUACUAAUGUAUCACUAAUGACAUGCCAGAAAUAUUUUGUAAUCCAUUGGACUGUCAUGCACAAAGUAGAUGUCC